UUUAAAACUGGUUUCAUACAAAAAUGUGAUUUUCUUAUUCUUUGAAAAUACGUAUUAGUGUUGAGAAUGUCACGAUCUCCCCCUAGCGGACAAAUACGAAAGCAUUCACUUGCGAUUUUUUUCUCCUCCAGUGCAGCUUAGAAUUUGUUAAGAACAACCUACAACUCAUCUGUAAAUAGCUUUCCCUUUUUUUUUUUAUCAUGAUUAAUUAUUAAAUAUAAUUCUUAAACGUCUUUGUGAGAAGUAUUUUUCAGCUUAAGUGUAAUUUAGUUAUCUACAACCAAAGAACCGGAAGAGAAUAAAUACUGGGUGAAGACAGCUUGAAACUGAAACAAGGUUCUAAGUAGUGCUGAAAAAAAAUGGAAGAAACGAAUAGAGAGAAAAUGGUAUCAGAAAAUAGUGCCGUACACAAAAUUCCAACAAAACAUUCUUUCCCAAAAAUUGACAAAGAAAUGAUUCGAUUCAAAGGUCAUUUUUUCUUCUUCUACGGAGUUGCGGGUACUAUGACACCUUAUCUCCCACUUAUAGCAAGAAAAAGGCUAAAAUUAACUGCAACAUCUUUAGCCACAAUUUUGACUGCACAGGUUUUUAUCACCAUUUUAUCUAAACCUCUAAUAGGAUACUUAGCAGAUUAUUUCAAUAGAAUGAAGUUGAUUUUAUCCACAUUACUUGUAUUACUAUCAAUAUUUUACUUAUUACUUUUAAUCAUCCCUCCCAUUGAAAAAUACUCAGAGCCAUUAAAACCGCGAAGUUCUGAAGAAUUUUUACAAUUUGUAAAAAACUUAAGAAAAAUUCAAAUAAAAAACCAGACUGAAAAUUAUUAUGUUAGAUAUAAAGAUAAAAAUGGUUACGAUGUACUAUGUCUUUUAUUUUAUUACAAAGCAAUUUUUUCUGGUGAUAAUGAAACAAAUGUGAUCACUUUAGAAUCAAAAAAUCCUUAUCAUUGCUUAAUUAAUGCUUUGCAAUUUAAGGAAGUCACAUCUGAUGAGACAGGAAACGUAUCGUGCCAUUCAUUAUUCGACACGAUGUAUCAAGUAUUAAAUAAAUCUUUAAGUUGUACAAUUUUCAUCAAUUGCUUUCUUCGAAGUGAAAUAUUAAUUGGAACUAAAAAUGACAAUUUUAGAACUGAGAAUACAUCUAAAAACCAAUAUGAUGAUGUUUGUCUUUCGAUCACCAACGAAACAGAGCUGUUUUGUUUUUUAAAAAACAAUGGCACAAAUUACACAUUAGACAGAAAAAAUCACAGCUGUUGUAAUAUGAACAUGUCAUCAUUCAGAGAAUCGGAUGUAAACAAAACUUCAAAUAUCGAAAGUUCCUUAUUCGAUGAAUUUGACACAGUAACUAACACAUUGGACAAUGAUUCUUAUAAAUCUUUGUUAAAAAAAAUAAAUCGAGCAUCAAAUGAAUCUUCCUGUUGUAUAAUUUUUCUUGUAGCAACCAAUACACUACAGAAUGUUUUAUGCCAGCCUUUAAUUGAAGAGAUAAAUCAAAUUUCAAACGAUACUUCAAACAUAAAGUAUUCCUUAUUUAAAGAAUUCGAAACAUUAGCUAAUGCUUUCGACAAUGAUUCGUAUCAAUCAUUGCUAGAAAAAAUGAAUCGAAUAUCAAAAGAAUCUUCUUUUAAAAUUUUUUGCACUGCAACCAGUGCACUAGAUAAUUUUUCUUGCAAGCCAUUACUUCAGGUCAUAAAUCCAGUAUCAAAUGAAUCCUUUCGCGGCACAAUUUAUGAUUCUGGGAAGUUAGAAAGUAUCAACCAGAUUCCAAUCGCUAUUGACUUUAAGGCGUACCAGUUCUGGUUUUGUGCAUUCUUAAUGAUAGUUUCUGACACAUGCUUAAGCUCUCUUUAUACGCUCUCGGACACUAUCUGCUGUGAGAGUGUCCACGCCCUAGGGAAAGACUUUGGCAAACAAAGAUUAUACUCCGCCAUUGGAUGGGGCGGCUUGGCGUCAAUCGGUGGUUAUUUAUAUGAUGUGACCAAUAAUUAUUUCGCUAUAUGGAUCCUUAUGGUACUCUUACAAUGCUUGACUUUGUGGAAUCUUUUCAAAAUGGUUGUGAUUAAGCCAAAUUUGUCAAAAAACAUUCUAAAAGAUAUUAGACAUGUUCUGAAAUCACCCGAAUUUUUAGCCUUCAAUGGCGGAGUUUUGAUGAAUGGCAUGUGGUUGGGAGCAAUAUGGUUUUUCCUUAUCGUAUUUUUGGACUCACUCGGAGCAAGCAAAUUCCUUUGUGGUUUUAUUACGGUUAUGCAGUGUUGCGUUGGAGAUAUACCUUUCAUGUUUUAUUCAGAGUGGAUUAUUAAUAAACUGGGGCAUUUUAAUCUGAUUUCUCUGUCUUUACUUGCUUAUGGUAUUCGAUUCAUAUGGUACAGUUAUCUUCAGGAUCCGUGGUUAGUGCUUCCUGUCGAAAUUCUGCAUGGACUUACUUCUGGAAUAUUCUAUCCUGUAGUUGCCAAUUAUGGGAAGUUAAGUGCCAGACCUGGAACAGAAGCUACAACACAGUCAAUUAUUUUUUCAACUCAUGAAGGUUUAGGUGCAGGAAUAGGAUGCAUCUUGACUGGGAUUAGCUUUGAUAAUAUAGGAGGACAUUGGACAUUUUUUUACCUUAGCCUGUGUGCUUUUUGUUCAGCUGCCCUUAAUAUUUUGAUUCAUCUUACAAUCAAAAGGCGCAGCAAAAUUUUGCAAAUAACAGUUCAAUAAAUCACUGCGAUAGAAGAAUUUUUUAAAAUCAAAUCUUGCAGAGUCAUUGCUAGACAUUGUGGCGUCAAGGAAGUAGCAUCUCACUCUCACAAAUUUUCGUAAGAAACUUUUUAUAUCCGUUGAUGUUAACUUUGUGAGAUGAAAAAAUAGGAUGUCUCCAUAAAAAUUGCUACGCAACGUUUUGAAACUGGGAUGCAAAAAACGAACACACAACUGUUUGACUGCUUUAAAGAUGGCAAGACUGCACUACUCCACUUUGUUACGGGUGUCUUAACAUUUAAACUCCAUUUAUAUCAAUGACAUAUACAAUAAAUGAUUUUGUUCAAA